CAAGUCUCUAGAAAUGUUUUGAGCGCGCCACUUCUUCACGCAGCGUUUUACAUACACAAGCUAUAAUCAUGCCUUCAUUUAACAUUGUUGUUCUCGGCGGUGACGGUGUGGGACCUGAGGUUGUUGCGGAAGCAAUCAAGGUACUCAAGGUAGUCGAGAAGCACACAGAUGUGUCGUUCAACUUCAACGACCAGCUCUUCGGCGGCGCCUCAAUAGACGCACACAACGAUCCCCUCACAGACGCAACCCUCUCCGCAUGUAAAUCCGCAGACGCCAUCAUCCUCGGCGCCGUCGGCGGCCCGAAAUGGGGCACAGGCGCCGUACGUCCUGAGGCAGGUAUCCUCAAGCUCCGCAAGGAAUUGGGCACCUUCGGCAACCUACGUCCAUGCUUCUUCGCCUCGGAAUCGCUCGUCGAGUCAUCCCCUCUCAAGGCCGACAACGUGCGUGGCGUAAACUUCAACAUCAUCCGCGAACUCACCGGCGGCAUAUACUUUGGCGAGCGCAAAGAGGAGGAUGGUGACGGCCAUGCCUGGGACACGGAGCCCUACAGUGUCCACGAGAUCGAGCGCGUGGUGCGCCUAGCCGGCUCCCUGGCGAGCGUCGAGGACCCGCCCGUGCCUGUAUGGAGUCUGGACAAGGCAAACGUGCUGGCGACGUCGAGGCUGUGGCGGAAGACAUUUGAGAGGAUCAUGAAGGACGAGUUCCCGAAUCUCAAGUCCGGCACUCAUCUCAUCGACUCGGCCGCUAUGCUCAUGAUCAAGAACCCCCGUGCGUUGAACGGCGUCGUGGUCACGAGCAAUUUGUUCGGCGACAUCAUCAGCGACGAGGCGAGUGUUAUCCCCGGGAGUUUGGGACUGUUGCCCAGCGCCAGUUUGGGCGGCAUCCCGGAUGGGAAGACGAAGCUUAAUGGCAUUUACGAGCCUAUUCACGGAUCUGCACCCGAUAUCGCCGGUAAGGGAAUCGUUAACCCCGUCGCGACUGUGCUGUCGAUGAGCAUGAUGUUCAAGUACUCGCUCUGCCUGCCUGAGCUUGCCCUCAAGAUCGACGAGGCAACGAGGAUCACAAUCGACAAGGGCGUCAGGACAAAGGACAUCGGUGGCGAGUCGACGACAAGUCAAGUCGGUGAUGCGAUAGCUGCUGAGCUGGAGACUCUGUUGAAGAAGUAGGCUCAUACAGAGAGAAAAUAACAUGCAAAAAGAAGUUUUGCGAUGAAGAAUUCCGUGUUUGAACAGAAAAUUAUGGUAUUUACAAAAUGUAA